ACGAAUUCAAAGAAAGCGAUUGGCAGUGAUAGUAAAAGUUAUAAAACUAGCAGUGAAGUGCAUAGUAAAAUAGGAAAGAAAAAGCAACAAAAAGGUGUCCCACAAAAGUGGAAAAUCAAAACAAGAUGACGGUGACGACGAUGGCAACAACCACGAUGGCAGCAGUUUGGAAGGAGGCUAAUAGCAAGCAUGCCUUCGGAAUCGCGAAGUGCAAUUUCGAUCAGGAAGAAAAGCCACACCGCUUGAGUCUCGAUGUAGGCGAUACGGUUGUAGUACUAAAGGAGACAACACAUUGGUAUUAUGGCUAUAAGCAGAGAUAUAAAGAUCAGCGCGGCAUAUUUCCGAAAUCCUACAUACAUUUGUGCGAUUACACAAUCAUCAACGACGAGUAUUGUAUCAAGCGUACCGAGAUCGUUGAGGAAAUCACCAAAGUUCUAUUGGAGUGGGGUUCCAUAUUGAAGCAGUAUUUUUUGGUCACUCAUCGCGACUUCAAUUCUAUACGCACAAAAAUGAUCGAGUUAAAUAAUAAUCGCGCAUUGCUCAUAUCGGGAAAUUUGCCACUUGACGAGAUGCGAAAAGUGAAGCUGAUGGCCACAUCGCAAAUCGACACAGGAAACAGUCUGUUGGGCUUGGAUAUGGUGGUGCGCGACGAGAAUGGCGACAUACUGGAUACAAAUACGAUAUGCACAACAGAAUUGUAUGAGCAUCAUAUGAAUGCGGUGAAUCGCAUUAUUAAAGCGAAUCGCCCGCAAACUAUUCAACGUUCCCCGCGUCCCCUCAACAAAUACUCGCACAAUAUCCUGCUGCAUGUAAACGCAUUCGUCUGCAAGUUCCAAGAGGACUCAGACCUCCUCUUCACACUAUUCGACGGCGAAUCACAUAAGCCGAUAAGCGAAAAUUAUGUUGUGAAAUGGUCGCGUACGGGCAUCGCACGCGACAUCGAUCAAUUCGACAAUAAUCGCGUACUAUUCACAGAUCUCAGCAAAAACGAUCUGAGUAUCUCGAAAAUGUACCUCGUCUGCUAUGCGAUACGCAUAGGUGCCAUGGAAAUGAAGGAGAACGAUUCGAAGCGCGCCAGCAUAACCACUGCCAUGUUGACACCCUCAAGCAAGAAACACUCGCAACUUUCGAUAAGUUCGAGUGGCUCGUUCAACAACACUGAGUACAUAAUGCGGCGUCCAUUUGGUGUCGCCUGCAAAGAUCUCACACCGAUACUGCAUAAACCGGAGGAUUUUCGUGGCAAUUUGGAUUUGCCGUUUAUGCUGUGCGAGAAGGAUACGCUGGAUGGGACGCUGCGCAAGCUGAUCGCCAACAAGGAUAUUGGCAAGAUCGACUCCAAAAUGGCGGUUACCAUUGAGGUGUUGCAGGGCGACAUCAAGCAAAUUAAGGAGGAUUUUCCGCGACUACUGCACACAAAUGUGCCGCUGGCGCGCAAAAUGGGCUUUCCCGAGGUUAUAUUGCCUGGCGAUGUACGCAAUGAUCUGUAUUUGACAAUAUGCGGUGGGGAAUUCGCGCGCAUUGCGAAGACCUCGGAGAAGAAUGUCGAAGUGACGGUGUAUGUGUGCAAUGAACAGGGGCAGGUUGUGCCUGGCGUGAUGAGCAUUGGCGCGGGACAUCCACCCAUUGACGAGUACAAGUCGGUGGUGUACUAUCACGACGAUAAGCCCAAGUGGCUGGAAACAUUCAAGAUACAUGUGCCUAUUGACGAAUUCAAGCAGUGUCAUUUGAAAUUCCUCUUCAAACAUCGAAGCUCCAACGAGCAGAAGGACAAAUCCGAGAAGCCAUUCGGGCUGUCGUAUGUGAAAUUAAUGCAGGACAAUGGCACGACAAUAUUGCAAGGACAACACAAUCUGGCUGUGUACAAGAUCGAUCACAAAAAGUAUGAUAAGAAUAACGCCAAUAUUUACAUGGACUUACCAACGCUUGGUGAAUUGCUGGGCACCAAGCCGUCGCUGGGCGGUCUAACCUUGCUGCCCAAAGAUCAGCUGGCAAUUUGCGUUAAUCUAUGCAGCACGAAAUUGACACAAAGCGUGAGCCUACUUGGUUUGCUCAAUUGGUCGGCGCACAAAGAAACGCUGGAGGAGUCACUGAACGCCUUAUCAAAUGUGCCCGGCGAGGAGGUGGUGAAAUUUCUGCAAGACAUACUCGAUGCCUUAUUCAACAUUUUGGUUGAAAAUGACGAUCCUGCACGUUACGAUCAGCUGGUUUUCAUGAGUAUUAUACAUCUUAUUGAGACAGUAUCCGAUCUGAAAUAUCAACAUUUUCUCACCGUUUUGGAUGUGUACAUAAAUGAGAGCUUCUCAGCGACGCUGGCCUAUGACAAACUAAUUGAUGUGCUGCAACGUAAUAUCAGAGAAGCCAUUGAGCCCACUGAAAAGUUUGCAGAUGGUAUUGAAAUUGAGGAGCGCGUGGAGGUGAAACGGCUUUACAAGACCACCAGAUAUUUGCAUUAUGUUAUGAAAUUCGUCAUACGUUCACGUGUGCUCUUCGCGGCGAUCAACGGCAACUCGGAUUACGAUGAUUUCGCAAAUAAACUGCAUGAACUACUGGAGAUGUUCAUAAAAAUGAUUGCCUGCCCUACGGAUUUGUUAAAAUCUGAGGGAGCACUGCUGAAAAACUUGCACAUCAUUGCCACCGAUUUAAUGAUGGUAUUCGACGAGGUGCGCUUAAGCAAUGUGAUUGUCAAUAUUUUGCGUCAGUUCCCGCCACGCCGCUUGACCCAGUCGAAAAUGGGUUGCAUCAAGGACUUUGUGGAUUCCAAAUUGUUCCUCUCGCCCGAUUGUCGCGCCGUUCUGCUACCCGUCUUUUGCAAUCACAUUAAGGACCGCAUUGAGAGCAAAGAAGAGGGUGACUCGAAAUCCGAUAUUUGGCAACAAGAAAAGAAUCUCUCGAAAGCAGCAAAAGUCCUCGGACAAUUAAAAUCACACCUGCACACACGUGAAACAACUGCCAAACAAAAGGUAAAAAUAAUAAACUUACUACAGCCGCAAUAAAUACAAAUAGAAAAAAGAUUACAAAAUUAUAAUUUGAGCACGUAAAGGCGUAUGUACAUAUGUACGUGUUACCUGUAUUUUCGCACAAAUGGAGUAUGAAGCAGCAAACGUAUGUAACACAGCAAGCGCGAUGGGUGAGGUGAAUGUAUGGGGGGUUUUUUUUUUUUUAAUUUUCCAGCGUGGAUGCCUCAAUUCGGUUUGCUUUUGUUUUGUAAUACAUACAUACAUCCCACAUCUACAUGUAUUAAAAAAAAAAAAAACACUUUGAUCUGUUAGUACCCCUACCAGAACAGACUGGGUAAAUACCAGAGUUAAUACCCAUUAUUUAUGGGUAGUUUACCUCGUAAAAAUAAUACCGUAUACUAUUGUGCAUUUUAAUGUACGUGUGAAUUUCUCUACACUUCUAACCGAGUGUAAAAAUGUAUGGAUUAAUACCAAAAUCGAACAAUAAAGGAGUAAUGAAUAACUUGUUUAACCAUUUGGCGCGUUAAGCGAGGCAUUUUUUUUUCUCCAAAAAUUGUAUUAUUCCAUGCUUAUUGAAUCCGUUUUGAAGUAUUUAACGAGUUGACGAAUAUAGGAAGAUGACUUCCUUUGUUUGUCGUUUCGGAGGUCAAAAAGGCUCAAAAGAAUAUUUCCGUUCUGUCUUCCGUUAGGAGCUCAAAAGGAGUGCGUCUCGCCCGUAAGGACAUGCACUGUUAAAAAGGAGUAUAAAAUGCACAUGGAUCGGAGAUUUGUGUAGUAAUCCAUUGCACGCGAAUAAGCGAUCUAAAAUUAAUAUUUGGAUGAUCUAAUUUUUUUUUACUGAGAAUGUUCGUGUUGGAAACUUUCGACUUAAUAUGUUCUGGUAGGGUACUUCGCAUCGAAAUAUCUAAGCCUGUUAAUUAAAGUAGCUUGUAUUACUAAGCAGGUUUGACCAUUAAUUAAAAAAAUAAUAAGUUUCCUUUGCAAAAUUUUAUAUUUUUAUUAAGCUUCUAUUAGGUGCAACUUAAACUACACCUGUGGCUAGUUAAUCGUUAAAAUAUUGUUUGAGAACCCUAUGAAAUAGCGCUUUAAUUGACGGGCACAGAUAUAGUUAGGUUUAUGUCAGUUCGUUUGUUCAUUUGUUGCCACAACGCUUCCAGAUGUAUACAGAAAACAUUGUAUGUAGAGUUUGGUAUUUAUUUGUAAAAUGUAAAGCCUGGGCAGGAUAUGUUUUAUUGUUUUGCUUUUUAAGCUAUAUUCUUAUACUACUUGCUUAUUUUGGAGAACAGAGAGUACACGGCUUACUACUUAAGUAUGAAAUAUUGUAACAUCUGUCAGAUUUGACAUUGUCGCUUUCGUUUUGAAAAUUUUCAACACCUGAGAAGCAACCCUGGUAAUCACUGCUCUUGUGUUUUUAAUUUACUUAAAUACUUAGGCCUUCAGAAAUAUUUGCAUAUACUCGCAAAUACAAUCAGCAAGCAUCGUUUACAUAAAUAUAUGAUACAUUCUAUACUUUCUGCUCUUGGCUUUUCGUUUAAGCUUUGCUUAUAUAUUUUGACAUAUGUAUGUAAUUUGAUUUAGUUAAUUUUAGGCUUACCUGGUAAUUGCGCUUAACUUUCAUUUGGGCAACGACUAUUCUAGUAAUUUAUUUUUCAAGAAAUCAAAACUUUUAACUCAAUAUUCACUAGAACUUCCAUAAUGCCGGAUUUCCACUUCGAAUUAAAUGGCAAAAGUUUUACUUGCAAUAAAAGUUGUCAUUAAGUUUGUUUCUUGUCAUUUCAAUGCCUAGUGGAAAUUCAUUGCAACUCGAAAUAUCAAUACACAUUUGUUAUGCAGUCAAUACAAUAAAAAGCUAAUUUUUUUCAAAUUAAGCUGAUCUAUGCUUAAUGCCACACGUAUCCGAAUAUCUAUAAAUCUUUUGACCGGUUUAGCCUCUGAUUGCUACCUUAAAAGUAAAUAUGUAAUUAAAACAUAUUUAGGGAAAAAACAUAAACAAAAAGAAGGAAUUUCAAAUAAAAAAAUUAUACGAUUAUUUCUAAGGCUGUUAAAAUGUGACAAUUUUUUCAGAUAUAAAUUCCAUUUGACCAACGAACGAUUGAUACACGCUUGUAAUCCAUAAAAUUUCUUUCCGGGUAUUUCACAGUAUAAACUCGAGUAAUUUCUUCCAAUUCUUUGUUGACAUUUCGCCUAACUUUUUUUUGAACUAAACUAUGGUUGUGUUUGACGCAUCGCUAUUUUGGUUCGGAUGGAGUGAAAAAACUUCUUCAAUAUUACAAUGCUCAUUUAGCGAUAGAAACGGCAUCACAUUCAGCGUGAAAGGCCGAUGGCGUGUCUUCGGGCAAAUCACAAAAGCGACAAAGAUUGUUCGGGGAUGAUCGAAUGGGGCUGUAAGUAAAAUUUUUUCUUUAAACUGACUGGGAGUGGAAAUAUCCUAAUACUAUAUCCUCCCACUAGGCACGUAUUCUGCAGGAGCUCUGUUGUUGUUGUUUUUGUUGUAGCAGCAUACAAAUUCCCCAAAGACUUUUUGGGGAGUGUU